AUCACUAUUAAAAACUGCGAGUUUUAUUUUGUUUUACUGGAGGUUUGCGCAUGUUCUACUUUAGCUUCCCAGGUUUCAAUAUGGCAGACAAACAUAGUUUUUUUAUUACUCAAUUUCAUCAAAGGCAAAGGUGUUUCUUAAAUUGAAAAUCAAAGUAAACGUUACGAAACUUUUGCCUCACGGGGUCUGGUUGUACAUUUAAAAAGAGAGACUAUGUACAGCAAAACAAAGCCAAAAAUUUUGGAUGGGCGUGAUACGGAGCAUUCUGGUGCAGGUGGCGAUGUCAUUUUUAGAACUACGAACAUUGGUGACAGCAGGGUGGUGAAAAGAUUCCCUCACCAACAGCUGGGGGACUUUCAGCUGAACACUUUUGCAGAGGUUUUGCAUCAAGUCCAGUUUGACUUUGAGAAGAUCCCAAUACAUUUUCGAAGCAAUAAAAAAAGCUUUAUGCCAGCAUUUACACAAGAUUUCGGACAAGUUGUUCAGCAUCAGAUGGUGGAAGAAGAUAUUGGCAGUGUGCAAAACAGAGAAGUUAAUUCUGGUAGCGCACAUGGACAGGGCCAUGUCACCCCUAAACCCAGCAAGGUUCCUUUAUUACCUGGUGAUCGAGUUAUUUUUGCUGAAAGUCCGUCAGCACCUGGUGUUCCUGUGGUGUACAGGACAGCAGAUGAAAGAGCCUCAAACCCAGACAGACUAAAUCUGGACAGAAGAAAAUUGGCGGUUUGUCCUGUACUAGAGGGAGAAGAGCAGCUGCGGCUAUUAAAUUACCAGCACAAUUUUAUAACACGCAUUGAGCAUCUGGCGUCACUAAAACGGCUCAUCUUCCUGGAUCUCUACGACAACCAUAUUGAAGAAAUAUCUGGAUUGACUUCUCUUAAAUCUUUAAGGGUUUUGAUGUUGGGGAAAAACAGAAUAAAGAAAAUGGAAAACUUGGAAUCACUGCUGAAACUAGAUGUCUUAGAUUUGCAUGGUAACCAGAUCUCAAAAAUAGAAAACAUCAACCAUCUAAUUGAGCUGCGAGUGCUAAACUUGGCAGGCAACAACAUCACACAUGUAGAUGAGUUGGUGGGCAUGGACUCACUGGCAGAGCUGAAUCUUAGACGGAACAGAAUCAGAACAGUGACUGAAGUAGAUUUAUUACCAAACCUUCAGAGGCUGUUUCUAUCUUUCAAUGAAAUUUCCAGCUUUGAAGAUGUUCAGUGCUUGGGAGAAUCUACAAGUCUUUCAGAAAUUUCACUUGAUGGGAAUCCACUAUGCCAGGAUUCAAACUAUAAACAUAUUAUUUUGCGACACAUGCAGCAACUCAAACAACUGGACAUGAAGAGAGUCAGUGAAGAAGAGCGGAGGAUUUCCCUUGUUAUGGCUAGAAAAGAAGAAGAAAAGAAAAGAGAGAUGAAUAAAAUAGCCGUACUGAAAGAAAAGAGACGGCUGGCUAUUAAUAACGCCAAACGUCAGUGGGAGACAAUGCAGGGUUCUAUGAUGUCAAGGACGUCACGACUAGUUAAAGUGAACAACUCUAUGCCAGAACUGUUUGCCAAUCAUAUUGGAUCCAUCCCCAACAUGGAACUGAGGUCCCCACUCUCAGGAGAAAUCGAUGGUCUAGAGGUUGAGUCACUGACCAGUAGUGAUCUGAGAAGCCGACCAGGAAGUGCACGAAGUAACCUGACAGACACUGAAAAAGCAGUUGAUGAAAAUAAAGAACAGCCCAGAAGUGCAAGUCGCAGACGAGACAACCGCCUCCCCCCUCGAGAUCCUGUUAAAGAUUCUGUUUCUCUGAAUCAUACAGUCAUAGGUGAUGGUUUAAAUAUGUUAGAACAGAUUGAAGGAGACACCCUAUCCCUGUAUGGUGUGCAGUCUUUAGAGGCCUUUGAUAGGAACUGGGGAGUGCAAGCAGCAGGGACAGUGAAUGUUAUAGUCUUUAAGUUCAUUGAUUUUGAUUCCAUCGUCAAACAACUUCCCAAAAUACGGGUUAGAUUUCCUGCCACUCAGACCCUUGUUUUCUGUUCAACUAAUAUUCAUAGCCUUCAACAAAUCAAUGCAUUAUCAUUGGUUCGGAGACUUGAUAAUUUGACUAUUGACCUAGAUGGCAAUCCAGUUACAAAAUUUACAUUAUGGCGGAUGUAUACAGUGUUUCGAUUGGCUCACUUUGCCCUUAAAAAGAUCAAUGACGUUGAGGUGUCCUCUGGAGAUAUUGUCAAUGCAGAGAAACUGUUUGGUCCCUUGUCUCACGUGGCCACAUCACAGCUACCCCAGUACAGGCUCCUGUCACUGAUGGGAGAUAACCGCAGAAAGCAGGCUGUCAUUGAGGGGAGAAAACAAGCAGAGACAGGGAAAGGCAACCCAGACAAAGCUCAAGUUGAGUUGAUAGGCAGGGCAGGGCUCACCUACAUAAUCAGUGACUCUAAGCAGGACCUAGAGGCAAAGAGACACUUUGCACACAAUUAUAUAAAAGAAAUGACCAAAGAGUCAACAUUCAUUGAACUUAAAAAAACAGAAAUAUUAAAACUCUGGCCAAGUUUGAUAACAGAAAUAGUACAAAAUGCAUUGAAUGAUAUGAAAGAUAUGGAUUCCUACAUGAAAUGUUCACUGGAAGAAGUUGAAAAAGGCUAACAUAGUUGAACUGUUUCAUUUCCCUGUUUAUGAAAUGUUUUUCUUGUUGAAUGUAUUUAUUCAUUGUUGUAAAGUAUUUUUUACAAUGUGCUAUUAAAAAUGAGUCUUGUAUUAUGAGUAUUCUAAAUGUUAUGUAACUUAAAUUUUAAUUAAAUGCAUAUGAUGCAUAAGUUAUUUUAUUCUCUGAGCCAUUCUACUUUAUAAACUAGUUUUACUGAAUAAAGUUUUAAAACUGCCAAAGUAAGUAACUCAAGAUGAACUAAAUUCAAAACUUAUUGCAUAACAUUCUCAAAACUUAAGACUAGGCUAGAUUUAUUUAGAACUUACUUUUUUAAAAACUUUGAAUUAUUAAUGAGCUGAAUGUUGUUUAAAGUGUUCAGUGGGACAAAGAGACACAUUUUUACAAAUCAAGCCUUUUUUCUAUAACAAUUUUACUAAUAAAAACAGUAGCUAAAUAAGAAGUGUUGAAUAUUUAAAUGCUGGAAUAUAAAAUAAUGAAUUAUUUAUAAAGAAUUACCGGUAGGCUUACGUUUUCUAAAAAUAUUACGUUAACUACCUAUUUUAUUUUUUUGUUUUAAACUUCGCAAGAUAUAACAGAAGAUUAAUAUAGUGUGAACAGAAUCAUGUAAGUCUACGUGCAGAUUUAUCUGACAGAAUACCAAUAUUUCCUUUGAAACAGUAAGAGGUUAUCCAACUUACUGGCUGUAAAACAUUUCAAAUUGUAUUUAACUUUGUUUUCCUAUAACUAUAACACUAUAUAUAAAUGUCACCAUCCAUGCAAAAUGUUUCUCAUUUGUUUAAAAUGCAGAGAUUAAAAAUGCAUCAAAACU